CCGUUUUCGCUCCCCUCGUGAACACCUGUGCCACCGUUUGGGUCUAAAUCAGUCUUGCGCCGAAAAUAACGGAGGGCCCUGUAAGAACAACUGCGCUGUCCGUGCGGACCGAAACUCAAACUCAUCCUGUUCCGGUGACCGUACGGUAAGAGGAAUAAAACAAAAGGUCCAGAAAAAGUUCAUUGUUCUUUUCCACAGCAGCACGAAAUGGAAACAAAAGUAAAACGCAGUACAGAGUUGUCGGCCGUUGACUAUAGAAAAUGGGCUUUGAAUUUAGUAGGACGAGAUUGGGAGAUAUUUUGGCAAGAAGAACAAGACGGCAUCGAAGAAGAUGCAGGCCAGCAGCUAGAGAAUCCACACAUUGCUAGUGCUGCGUUAGGAGCUACGACGUUGUCUGAACAAGAAGCUACCGAGUAUAAAAAGAAAGAGACGAUUGAAGAUCCUCGAACUAUAUCUAAUUCCACCGAUAAACCAGAGGGUACAAUCAGGAGUCGAAGUAGUGGAAUUGCAAGUAGACCAUGUCAUAUCGACAGUGAUCAUGACGGUGAUUUCGUGCUCUCGUCGGAAGCAGCUAUGGGAAUGGUUGGAGAUAAAAUGGGACCAGCAUCAAAAGAGAACGAAGAGAUCAUCAAGGUUGAAGAGAAGGAUAGGAAGGUCACUUGCAAUACCGAUGCCGACGACGAAGAAAGUGUUAUUGACGAUUGGUACGACGGUCGCGUUUUAGAAAUAAUUGACGAUACUAGCACGAUAAGAACCAUCGGGAGAAAUGGGUGGAAAUUCAGGGUACGCUUUCUUGGUGAUGAAGAUGUAUACGAGAUUUUCUUGGUCCCCGGAAAGGUACGACCGAGUGCUAGAGCUUGGGUCCAACGUACUAUGGCUCUACUUAACCCACCUGCCGCGGCUUCCAAAGAGUACAAUAUGGAAGAAGAUGGAUUUGAUCUUCCACCGGAUACCAGUACACUAGAAGACGAAGCAAGCUUGCGGAAAAUAAAAUCUAAAAUAACCGGAGCGGCCAGUGUACUGAACGGAAUUGAUACCGAAAACAGCAAGAGUUUGGCAUCCUUGCCCACCAACUGGGACUUUCGACGCAUUCAGGGUCUACGUUAUCACUUGGAAUCACAAAUUCACCUUCGAAAAAAGCUAUCGAAAAUCGAGAAUCAUUCUGGAAUGGAACUCUUCACAGACGGACUGAGGAAUCCAACUGAAGGCUACGUCAAUUAUCUAGUUCAAUGUUCCAAAGAUUUGGCUCAAGCCUGUUCAUGGUACUGCAAGUCAUGGAAUCUUCUCAUGUACUAUUUUGGAGACGGCAUGGAUGGGAGUGGUGAUUUCGAUACUAGCACUCCUAACAAUAACGAUAGCAACGGAGGAGAGACAGAAGAAACUUUGGAUCUUGGGAAAUUGACUUUCUCGGGCUUCAUGACAGAUUAUAUUAUGUGUGGAAAGGACACAAUUGUCAAUACGACCAUGAUUGACAUCACCUCUUCUGGUGCGUCCAACAAACGGCAGCAAGCUACAGCACGAGCUUCUAGUACUCGUCGGACGAAACGAAGGAGGAAGGUGUUGGGGGGGAUGGAUAUAGACGAAGAAAUCGAUGAGGGAAAAUCAAAGGUCCUCUUGGCAGCUUCGAAGGUCGACACAGAUGUCCUCUCUAUGAUUUACAUCGAUAGUUUCAUUGCAGCCCUUUCAGAAUCAAUGCACUACGGCUACGUAACAACUCUUGCGAGCAUGCUGUGGUCUCUAUCACAUCUUGUUGCCAAUCCACUGAUUAGCUGGAAAAGAACCGCAGGACGCAUCUUGGGGGGUAUCAAUAACAAUGGAAACGAUACAGAUCAUUCGGUGUUGGGCGGGGGCUUUGGUAACAUUACGGGCCAUUUGUCGGAUGAUGAGAAUGAAGAAACAGAAGAAAUGUUCACAUAUCAACAAAUACAAUCGUGCUUAUCAUCCGUUAGGAUGAAUAAGGUUCUUUCUCGUUUCAACUUGUUUGAUGAAGUUGACAAAUUAAAAGCAAAGCUAGGAGACAUCGCAAGGAACCAGAGUGAAGCAUUGAAAUUACUCAAGAGUCUCACAACAAUGACAAAAUUAGUAUCGUAUGAAGAAUCCUACAAGAAAGAUAAGGACGAAAUUCUGUCCGGUCUUUCAGACAUUCUAAUUCAAAUGAUGUCUCCAGAAUCAUCACUCUACAAUGUUAAAUUUCUGAGCAGAGACGACCAUCAACUGAUUAUAACCCGAGAUGACCUUUCAAAAGCAAUCGCACUUCGAGCUUGGUUCGUUGACGUUCAGCACGCCCAAUCAAUGAGAGAAAGAAUUUCGUUUCUUCAACUAUUAAUGUCACAAAUAGAACCGAUCAAUUUGCUGCCAGAUCCGAGAACUAUACCCAUUCUUUCGGAUUUCCCUCAAAUUUCUCAACAUCGCGACGCUUCGAUUCAGAGUAUUUUGGAGUUUCAAAAAAUAUUGACCAGCUCCUCCGAUGAGAUUCAAAAGCGAGAAAAUAAUUUUCUCACGUCAGUAGUCACUAUUGAUAUUUCAAACAGUCCAGAACGAGAUUCCCAUCUGACUUUUCUAAAUACACUAUAUGCGAAAUGCAAAGAAUGCUCUCUGAUAUUUCCGUUCGAAGAAAAGAUUGCAGCUCGAAUUGACCUCUUAAAGUGGUAUGCAGAUGUAAGGGGCACAACUGAUUGCAGAUUGAAUUCUUCCGAUGACAAUGAUGCCUAUUCAUUUGUCGAUUUAGAAAACCAAUACAACAGCCUGCAAGCGGUUCGAAAAGGACUUUCACCCACACGGGCAAAGUUGACGAAAGGUGUCAAGUCAGACAGCGACACCGAUAAUGUAGUUUGCAGGUUUAUUUCGAGUAACUCACAUCCUGAUUGUGAAAAAGCUAUCAACAAAAUAACACAGUUGUAUGUUACAGCGUCUUCGUGGAAAAAACGUGCUGAAGCUGUGAUCUUUUGCCUUAGAACGCACGGAAAUGUGAAUGCUGGUCAACUUCUAUCAACUUCAAAAAUCCCAGCCAUGGUAGAUAUUAAAAGAAUCGUUGAUCUAAUUGAAGAGUAUCCAGGAUUACAGAUCAAGAUCGAUGGAUAUAUUGAGCGUCUGCACAGAAUCAAAUCAGAAUCCUUUCGAUGGUCACAACAUAUCUAUACCACGCUCCUCGAAAACGACAACGUUUCCUUUACGGAUGUGCUGCCCUUGAUGAUGAAGGAGAGAGAUCAGCGCCCGAGAGGAAUAAUUGUGAACCCGAAUAGGUCCGUCGUUGAUGCAACAAUAGACUUACUUGUAUGGUACGGGAAAAUUAAGUCUGCGGCUGUUGUCGUUUCAGAAAGAUUGAGUCAUUCUUUCACAAAAGAUAAUCCAAAAGCAAUUGCAGAUACUUACUCAAAGAUGAUUGAAAACGAAUUUUAUCCUAUUUUAGCUGAUGGAUCAGAGGCAUUGGAAAUCUAUUGUGGUUUUGACAACCAAGUACAUGGAAUUAAUGGGCGCAUCUCAGUCAAUUCAAAGCGAUCCUUGGAAAUUCUUCAAACACGUUUUCGCAUACGGAAGACAUCAAGGGCCCCGUCUGCAGAGAAAAUCAAUGCACACCAGCUCGUUAGUUCGCUCUUUUUGCGCAUGAAUUGUAGAGAUGAAAAAGAAGGAUAUCCUUUGUUAUUGAUAUUGUGGUUUCACUGGCAUUUUCUGGUUGAGGAUUUUGUUUUUAGGUGCACGAGCGACAGUAAGCCAAACAUUGAACGAGACCAAGUCCCGUCAUUGGCGUACGCCAAACGAUUAAAAGCCCAAAACCCAUUUGUCUUACUCCAUGUUACUAUGAUUGGUGACCCGAACACUCGUUCCUUGGUUGAAACAAGAAGUACGAUUUUAAUUGAUCUCGACCAAAGUAUUGAGGAGGCACAGAAUUCGGAGUUAGACAUAAAGGAAGUAUUAGCUAAGACGAAAGAUUUGUUGCGUGGGUCAUUGUUGGACAAUCAUAAAGAAAUCAGAGAGCAUUUGAACAAUCUUAAAUUAAUGCUAUCAAUGUGGAAAACCCGGUCAUCGGGAAACGCAGGUUUAUCCUUGAACGAGGCCUACGAGAGCUCAUUGGAACAACAUAUAAAAUACUUUGCUUGGAUUGUAAGAACUAUGCAGCAUCCAGUGCUUCACAAAGCAGAAGCAUCCUUUGCGUCAUCAAGGGCAAGCAAGAUUUCAUGGCAUUCGUUAUUAUAUCUCCAUGAACGUAUCCCAAACACAAUAUCUGGAUGUGGGGGUCAUAUUCUUUGCGUUUUAAGAGUUCGGGAAUUGUAUGAUGCAGCAAAAAAGUGGCAAGACGAAGUCUGUCGGAGUACUAUGAUAUCGAAAAGGGGAAAUAAACGCAGAGGAGGUAUUAUUGACACAAGAAAUACAGAGAAAGAUGCGAAAAUCCGUAUGAGUGAAAUCGAAUCGCUUGCCGAAGAUCCGAUUUUGACUAAGGUUGACAUGCCAAGGCACAAAGCAGUAAAAACGAUGCUAGAUAUCUCCAGAAAAUUUGAGAUCCAACUUGAAAACUUUCUUGCGCAGGACUUCGCUGGCAAUCAAGACAAUGCUCCUCUUCCAAAGGGCGAUUCGUUACUUGGACGUAAAGGUCAGUUCAUCCUUUACAGAUUGACCGGUAGCUCCCUGUUUUCGAUGAUGCAGACCUCUGUUCAAUCACUCGCAGAAAUCGGAGGUGAUGUUUUGGCUGAAACACGAGGAAAAGCAGCAUUUGACUGGAUGAGAUCUGCAGUGAAGUGGAUCGAAGACCUUCAGCAUGCUGUUGUCCUACAGGCAAAGUUUACUGAUAGUAACGAAAAGAUUCUAGCCAUACCAGCAAAAAAUGCAAGAGAGCUUUGCAUUUUGGGUGAAGAUGUCUUCUUGCAAACUAAUAAGGACAUGACGAAGACCUUUUCCAAUCAUGGUAUACACGUUUCCACAAACUCUAUAAAGAAACGUUUGAUAGUCAAACUCAAGAAGAAGGGUGCUCACCAUUCUGUGGGCGGGAUUAUAAUUCGCUGGUGUCCAAUUCUGUUCAAUGCACUGCGAGCCGACAUGUCCAAACUUGAGUUGUGGGAGAGCAGACUUCAGAAAGUCAUCACCGAUUUCGAGACGUUUCAAACAUCGUCACUGAUCGAUAGUGUAACCAGUGACGAAGAAAACUUGCUUCAAUGGUACAGCUACGGCAUGCUAGUCCGAAGAGCCUUGGAAGAAGGUCAGAAAUCUCUUGUUGUAUCUCCUUCAAAGGAUGAAAUUGAUAAUUAUGUCAAUGUUCUCGGUACCAUCACAGAUUAUCUUGAGAAGAACUGCACACGCCAACUGAACAAGGAGUUCUCGAAAAGAUUGUUUGCAAACAAUUCGUCUAUUUGCGAGAAUCGGUUCGAAUUCUUGGAUGCGCUCUUGUACAGGCAGGAGGCAGCUAGUGUUGAAUUUGACGAAAACAACGAACAGAUGUCGCAAUCUCUCGAUCCGGAGACAACUGUUCGAGACAAAUGUAGAUCGAAUAUCGAAAAAGCUCUUUUGAGGGCGGCAGAAGCAAUAACUUUAGAGUCUGAUGGAAUGACAAGUGUUAAAGAUCUAUGCGCCUUGAAGGCAUGGGAAAUUGAGAACGAGAUGGACGAACUAUUUCAACGUGAUUCUGAAACUAUGGGUGUUGUAUCGGGGGAAUACAGAGAAAAGGCUUUGAGUUUGAAAAGUAUUUUUGAAAACACAGAAAACAUAUCGCUAUGUCUGAAUGUGCUUACAGGUCAUAUCAAGGCUAAUACCUUGGUAAAGAUGAAAAGAAACGAGUUGGCAAACGAAAAUGUCAAGAUCGAACGAGAACAAGCUGCAGCCACCACACUGAAAGGCAAACUUUUGUCCCCAGCAAUUGAUUAUGUAGCUGACAGCAAAAGUGAGUCUCGACAGAAAAAUCCGUCAAGUUUUCCUGUCUUUUGUGGAAAGCCUCAAAGUAUUCUAAGAAACAAAGGCACUCUUCAUGUGCUCCAGAACGAUCCAUCCCUUGAUUCAGAGGGGGAAAUCGCUUCGAGAGGAAACAUAAGAAACGAUGUCGAUGAGGAUGAUGACGGCGCUACAGCCAUAGACGAUUAUGGCAGAGAUAAAAAAUUAGUCAAAUCUUCUGCGAAACUCAACUCCGCUGUACAAGGACAAGCUGAACCCUCCUUGUCCUACAUGUCACCAAAGGCUUCACCAAGACAACGUUUAAAACCGACCCCACCGCCACCUUCCCUAGUCGGCUCCUUCAGCAUGUCGGCGAAUGAUAGCAACAGGAUGUCGUCUACCACGGGAGCACCUAACGAAGAUCGACGGAUGUGUAGCGGCAAGGUGUUUGGUGGCAAGUCAUACCGGCUCGAAAUUCAGGGACAGGAAAAAUACGCCUUUUUUGCUAUAUUUUACCAAGAGGACGAAUCCCAGGCAACCCUGAACCGCUACAUGCCUGAAUUUCUUACACAAAAAGGCAGGUCCCGGAUCGAUGAUUUCCACCGUUUCGUCUCGGAAAAACUGCGGGGAGGAAGGUGGCAGGCAACCUGCCUGAGAAUGGCUACGAUCAGCGCGAACGACGACAGUGUAUACAGAGAAUUCUUUGAGGAGUACGAAACAAAAGAGCGCAUUGCCAUGUUCAAACUUUCAGGCGCAUCAUCGGGAGGGAAAUUGUUCUUGGUCACUCCCAAAUUUCAUCACAUCGCCAGGCAAAGCAGAGAGAUCCAGUUUGCUAACAAGAACAGCACAUACGCUGUCAUUCUAACCAAAAAAGGCGAUGCGGGGUGAUUGAAAGGACACCAACAGAGCCAUAUCAAUGAUACAGUAGGUGCAAUUUGAAAAUGAGAAUAAUUUUAAAACUUAUAA